CUUUUUUUUUAAACAAGUCGAGGAGAGCUCUCCUCCUCAAGGCGAAUCUCUCGUUCUUCUCCUUCUUCCCUCUCUCGCUCGCUGCCUGAACAGUGAUUCCGGCGAACGUGUACUAGAUUCCGAGAUCGCGAUUGUAAGGUAUCGAAUCCAGUCUUGAACCAUGAGCACAGCGACCAGGCCUUCAUCUUCAGCCACUACCACUGUCAUCUUAGAAAACCCUAAUGCUCAAUCACAACCACCGUUGGUGCUUCGGUUGAAUCGGAAGAAGAAGAAGGUUACAUGGAAGGAAGGUACAGUAGACAACGAGUUCAUGCAGAAGAAGAGUUCCAAGAAGUGUUGCAUCUUCCACAAGGAUAAACCUUUUGAUGAGGACGAUAGUGAAGAAGAAGAUAACGGCCAUGACCACCAUCAUCAUGGUCAUGAUCAUAACCAUGAUCACUCGGAUUCCUGUGACGCCUCUUCUUCCAACGAUCCCAAAAAUAUUGUCGAAUGACUGAAGUUUUAUGGGUAGAUCAUGGAAGGGAAGAUAUCCUUGGAUGUUUUUUUUGUCAUUUCUUCUGUUCUUCAAACUUGAAACCCGGUCAGGGGUUUAUAUAUGUACAUGUAAUUUGUCGAUUACAUUACAUUGAGAUCUCUGUUAUUGCAAUGUUUUGAAUAAAGCCCAUUGUGCAGUUCUCGA